AUGGAAAACUACUUUCAAGCACAACCAGAACCCAUGCCAAGCGCUCAACCGGAACCUGUUGUGCCAGUGAUACCAGGACCUCUGAUCAUAAACAAAUUGGCAAUCGUACACAUGCAUACAUUAGCAAGAUAUCGCCUCCAAAACUACCUUUCGAUGUUGCCAAUCAAUCCUGUUCGCACUACAAUGGAGGAGCGAUGCUGGGUUACGUUGCUGGCACUUAAAAAGGAGCAAGAAUUGCAGGAGAGUUUCAGGGAGCUAGAAAAAGCUUGGCGUGAGCUCGAUGAAACAAAGAAGGUGUUAGGGAUCAAAAGGAAUUAG